AUGUCCAUGUGGAUGUCCGACUCGCAAAAGAUUGGGGUGGUGUUUUGCUCCGGCGGAGGCCUUUUCCUAAUAGGAGGAGUCAUGCUCUUCUUUGAUCGCGCCAUGCUUGCCAUGGGAAACAUUCUCUUCCUGAUUGGGUUGACCAUCAUCAUCGGUCCCCAGAAGACUCUGCUCUUUUUCGCGAGGAAGCAAAAGGCAAAGGGCACGGCGGCCUUCUUCGCGGGCCUCAUCCUGAUCUUGAUGCGCUGGACAAUUAUAGGCUUUGUUGUUGAGGCAUACGGUAUAGCUGUCCUGUUCGGAGACUUCCUGGGGACGAUUGCGGGCUUCGCAAGGGGGAUUCCCGUCGUCGGGCCCUAUAUCGGCAUGGUUGUAGACAGAAUAGGACUGGGUCGUCGGAACGCCGAUCUGCCUGUUUGA